AUGUCUUCACCGUUUGCCGCACCCCAAACCAUGUUCAACCCAACUAACCAAGCAACUGAUGAUCCUAUUGUUUCCAGUCGAUGUUGUUGCUGCACAAGAAAGGUUUGGUUUCUUGAGAAAAAUAUGUUCAUUUGAAUUUUCAAAUUUUAGCAGUGUCCCUCAAUUUUUGCUGCUCUCUUUGGAGCUAUUUUGAUUUUGGCAGCAAUUGCAACAGUUCUAAUCUUCACCUUUUCAACAUCGAAACUCUCCUCAUCUUGCAAUGAUCACAAAACAAUUGGACGCCCAAAAUUCCGGACGACGGAAUCGGAUUUUCCAUUCCAGCAAAAUUCCAUUUCAACGCGUUUUUCAAUCCCACCAAAUGUUUCAACGUGUCCUGGAUUUGGUUUUAUAUGCAACGACGUUGGAGAAAUGAUGAAGGUUAUUCCAAAAGCGAAGCGUUGUGAUGGGAAGUUUGAUUGUUCAAAUAAAUCGGAUGAGCAAAUCUGCGAUAAUUGUCAAACCAUCUUCCAAUGCAAUUCGAAACUGAUUGGACAAGAUGAAUCGGGAGAGUUGAAGACACAUUUCAUUUGCUUGACAGCUUCUCAACUUUGCGACGGAGUUCAAGACUGUCCAGAUGGUUCAGAUGAAAAAUUUUGGUGUAGUGAGUUAUUAUCUUUUAGAAAAUAUUUCAUCUUCAAAUUGUUGUUUGUUUUUAGAAGCAAAUUGUUCCGCUGAUGAAUUCAAGUGUCCCGGACAAAAUCUUUGUCUUCCAAAAAACGCAAAAUGUGAUGGAAUUGCUGAUUGUAAUGAUAUGAGUGAUGAAAAAGACUGCACCAGCUGUGAAGCCAGAGCACAUGUGAGUUUUUUUUUGAAAACAUUGACAAGGCGAUAUUCGGCAAUCUCUGACUGAGGCCCCUCAAUGGGGCCGUUUUCUGAGAAAAUGGGGACACUUGUGUGGCAAAUUCCCUCAAUGGGGCCAGCAAGAAAAAAGUAAGAAUUUCUCACUUUUUCCUCAAUGGGGCAUAUAUUUUUUGUGCAUUUCCUGACUGGGGCCCAUCUUUUCAUUUUAUACAUCUCGUGACGUCAUAGUAAUGGUGAAUUGAAAUUUCAUGAAAGUUUUCAAAACAUUUGAUAUAAGAGGCCUUUAAUUUCAUCAGGCACAUUUUAUAUAGUUUGUAGAAAAAUACAGUAUAUUUAUGUACAAGCAAAAUUUAUUUUCCAAUUUUCGAAAACAACAUAAAAUAAUAUUACUUUUUGAAACAAUGUAACAAAAAAUUGAAAAACAAAAAAUCAUAUUGAAAAAAAUGUACAUAAUUCAACUCCUGGAUCUUGUACAUUUUUCCAAAAAAAAAUGUACGAGAAUAGAAAAAUUGGGCAAAGGUGUACAUUUCGAAAAAAAUUAAAAUAGAGCAAUUUUUACGUGAACAUUGUGAUAAUUUUUUUUAUUCUUGCUGGCCCCAUUGAGGGAAUUUGCCACACAAGUGGCCCCAUUCCGGCCCCAUUUUCUAGGAAAAUGGCACCAUUGAGGGGCCCCAUUCAGAGAUUACCCAAUAUUCCCCCACCUCUUCACGAACUAAUCGAAUUUUUCAGAAGUGCGGUGAGGUUUGUGUACCAAUGAGCGAAAUUUGUGAUGGAAUUGCACAGUGCGACGAUGGAAGCGAUGAGAAAGGAUGUGAUUGUGAUUCAUGUUCCGGAUCAGACAAAGCGCUUUGCGACGACGGAACUUGCAUUCUUCGUUAUCAAGUUUGCGACGGCAAACGCGAUUGUUCCAAUGGAAUGGAUGAGAAGGAUUGCCCAGGAAGUUGCAUGGUUAAUGAAUCAGCAAUGAAGAAGCGAAUAACUUGUUCCGAUGGUAUAGAAUAUACAGAAGAAGAAGCAUGCUCUGGUGAAUUUCAAAAAUGUUACUCAAAUUGUCCCGGAACCUGCGAUGCUUUUCUUUGCCCCAUUGAUCUCAAAUGUAUCUCACGCAAAUCGGUUUGCGAUGGAUAUGCUGAUUGUUCAGACGGUGCCGAUGAAAGAAACUGUAGCUGCAUCGAUGUUGAGGAAACACAGCGUUUCAAUUGUGAUCGCAAAUGCAUUAAUAUUUCUCAAAAAUGUGAUGGUAUAGUGGAUUGUAUCGAUGUAUCCGAUGAAUAUAAUUGCGAGAAAUGCGCCGCUGGAACAUUUUCAUGUUCAACUGACAAAACAUGUCUUCCACAGUCAACCAGAUGCGACGGAGUUUUGAACUGCUCCGAUGGGAGUGACGAGAAAGAUUGCAUAUGUGAUGGUAAUUUUUUCUUUUCUUUGCUAUUUUUUCUCAUGAAAAUAAUAUUUGCAGAGUGCGUCGGUGCUCAUUCGACUACGUAUAUGUGUGAUGGCUCACCAAGAUGUUUUCUAAUCGAUGAAGUCUGUGCACCUAAUUCAAUAUGCCCAAAUGCCACUAAUGCAGACGAAGCUUACUGUGACAUUCAGAUGAGCCGAAUUAAAAGUCGUCAACCUUGGCGGAUCCAAUUAUUUGAUUUAAAAAACAUGUGAAUAACUCAAAUUAAAUAAAUAUUUAUUGCAUUCUUACUCGUAUAUUUUUUCUAAUUAAAGGUGGACUGCGAGCUAAAUACAAGUUUUCCUCAUUCCCGGGUUCUUUCUACACUUUGAGAACAUCCGUUUGUCGAAAAAAUCAAGAAAAAUAAGCAUCGGAGAACAAAAGCGAACAGAAACAUUUUUUUGCAUUCUUGCAAGAGGGAGGCAAACGCGCUCUAGCGAACAGGCGGAACGUUUGAAUUUUCUGCGUUUUUUUCUUCAUUUUUUUCAAGGUUCACCCUUUUCAGUCAAAUUCCGAGGAAAUUUGUUCUAGAAUAUAGUGAUCUACAGUAAUCCAUCGAAAUUCGUCAUUAUAAUUUUAUUGAUUGAUGAUUAACAUUGCUGGAAUGAUUCUCAAUACAUUCAUCGAUGGAAUCUCGGUUUCUAUCAUCGAAAUUUGGAAUUUUUCUAAUUAAUUUGUUCUAGAAUAUAGUGAUCUACAGUAAUCCAUCGAAAUUCGUCAUCCAAACAAGCCUAGGCCCGAAAAUUUGCGAUUUUACCUGAAAUUGCUCAAAAUUUCAAAUUUGUCACUCAAAAAUUUGAAUUCCCAAUUUUCCCGCUCAAGGUUCGAGGUGUAAACGCGGAGUAUCGUUUAAAAUUCAAAAAUUCCUAAUUUUCCAAUCAAAAUUGAUUAAAAAUCGCAUUUGUCAUACAUUUUGUUUCAAAAAAUUUGAAUUUCCAAAUUUUCCCGCUAAUAUUUCGAGGUGUAAACGCGGAGUAUCGUUUAAUACUUGAAAUUGAGGGUUUUGAGUCAAAAUUGAUCAUAAAUGCAUUUUUCACAAAUUUGUCAUUCAAAAAAUUUGAAUUUCCAAAUUUUCCCGCUGAAAUUUGAAGGUGUAAACGCGGAGUAUCGUUUAAUUCUUGAAAUUGAGGGUUUUGAGUCAAAAUUGAUCACUCAAAAAUUUGAAUUCCCAAUUUUCCCGCUCAAGGUUCGAGGUGUAAACGCGGAGUAUCGUUUAAAAUUCAAAAAUUCCUAAUUUUCCAAUCAAAAUUGAUUAAAAAUCGCAUUUGUCAUACAUUUUGUUUCAAAAAAUUUGAAUUUCCAAAUUUUCCCGCUAAUAUUUCGAGGUGUAAACGCGGAGUAUCGUUUAAUACUUGAAAUUGAGGGUUUUGAGUCAAAAUUGAUCAUAAAUGCAUUUUUCACAAAUUUGUCAUUCAAAAAAUUUGAAUUUCCAAAUUUUCCCGCUGAAAUUUGAAGGUGUAAACGCGGAGUAUCGUUUAAUUCUUGAAAUUGAGGGUUUUGAGUCAAAAUUGAUCAAAAAUCGCAUUUGUCAUACACUUUGUUUCAAAAAAAUUUGAAUUUCCCAAUUUUCCCGCUGAAAUUUGAAGGUGUAAACCCGGAGUAUCGUUUAAAAUUUGAAAAUUUCUAAUUUUUCAGUCAAAAUUGAUCAAAAAUCGAUUUUUUUUGCAGAUAUUCAAUUUUCGAGCAACAAGAAAUUCGGCGAAUCACACAAUUCAAAAGGAGAAAAUCACCGAGUUCCGAUGAGAUUCGAAAUAGAAAAAUGAUGCAGAAAAAGCUGGAAUCGCACUUUGAUCUACCCGACAAUACGAUCAAUAUUCCCACAGAGGUACGGUAGUUUUUUGGCGCCAAAAUUUGACGCAAAAAUUAUGAUUUUUGGUGGAUUUUGACCCAAAAUGGCUCAAAAUUAACCAAAGUACCUUAAAAAGUCUAAAAAUGGCCCUAGAAGCCCAAAUUUCUAAUUGCAGGCCAUCGAAAAGACACGCCGUGCUCGACUUUUGAUAACUUCACCCGAAUUUUUCGAUCGUUUCGAGACCAAAUCAAUGGAUUCCGGAAAAUCGCAAGAAGAGUUCAGGGAGCCGUUUUUUGAUGUGAAAUUGACGAAUUCGUGGCCGAUUCCGAUUGGAUUUUCCAAAGAAUAUAUGGAGUACUCAUUUCUUCCCAACCAGCUCUGUUUUUUAUUCGAUAUCAAAUCCAUCUCAAUUUCGAUCAUUUCUUUGCUUCUAAUCUUCUCGAACCUCUUCAUACGCCAUUGA